AUGGCCCAACAACCCACCACCACACCAGUCAAGGUCCCCUCCUCGGCAGCAUCCUACACCCCCGCAACUCUAGAUCCCGACUUGCGAUCUCAGAUCAACGCCCUCCUCCUACGAGAUGGUCACGUAACCAAAAUACAAGAAUCCCUCCUCCACUCGCUCAACUCCCACUCGUCCAACUGGCCCACCAUCGUCCGAUCCCACGCUCUAUCACUCCUCCGUUCAGGUCAGGUAACGUCGUACCCUGAACUCCUACGGAGAGUCCUCGAAGAUGUACGAACCGGUACCGCCGCCGCCGCCGCCGCCGCCGCAGACUCUACCACGACCUCUUCCGCAAACGGGACGAAUGGAGAUAGGAAGAAAUUGUCGACGGUGAAUGGAAACAACAACAUGACAACAGGAGGAGGAGGAGGUGGUGGCGGUGGUGGCGGUACAACGACGGAAAGCCUAGCUUUACCUCAGGAGGUCAUCGAUGAGGCGCUUCGUGUCACGAGGGAGAGUCUAGAUGCUGUCUGCGAGGUUGACGAUUCUGGUUCCGUCUAA